GUAUCCAAACGCUCUAUACAAAUCCAUGGACCAAAGGUGAAGAAAGUCGUUCCGAAAAAAGAAGCCACUCUCCGAAACCUCCUUCUCCAAAAUUUCUUCUUUAACAGUGAAAAGUUCUUCCCCUGUAUACCAAAUCCCUAAAACCCUAGUAAACCCCCUGACAAUCUCUGCCAGUUAUCCUCACGGUCUCACUCUUCUUCUCCUUCUUCUUUCUGGUUUUGUUUUGAGAGAUGUCUGCAUCUAUCUAUGCUGUUGCGGCUACAGCCGAUGAACAAACUCUUCCUUCUCCAUGGCAGUUCAGCUGUGAUUUGGAAGUGAAUUAUGGGUCUGAUGAGAAUGCUUCCAUAGUAUGUGCAGCAAUAGCUGUUGAUGCCGAGUUGCAACCUGACAAAGUGAGAAGGUUGAUGACUGUGAAUGAUGGAAAACUUUCAGUACAUUUUGAGGCAGUCGAAGCAAGGUUUCUGCGAGCAUCAUACAGUUCAUUUGUUGACGUUCUUACACUUGCAACAAAAACUAUCGAAGAAUUUGGGCCAGGAAUGCAGUUGUGAUAAUAGUGAUGUAAAACUGUCGAUUUUUCCCUUCAAAGCUGCAAAGCUGAUUUUUCAGGACUCAUGUUUGUGAACUACGUAAUUUUCUAGCAGUAACUUUCUCAUAUUUGUGCCAGUUAAGAAAUUUGUAUAAGAUUUGCUCAAAUUGCUUAACAUCAUUAGUGCUUCUUGAGUUUCUCAAUUGUAUUGCAUCAGUUUCUCUAGUAUGUCA